CAGAUUUAUUAUCUGCUUAUCUUUUCUGAAUAUUUAAUGCUUACGUCAUCCUGUUGAUGAGAUUUUUCCAGCAGGCUGUAAACCAGUCAGACCAAAUGUGCAGCCACUCAGCUGGGGGAUUCAUGUGGGAUGAGUCACUAUCGCGCUGCAUCCACAGGCUGCUCCGGUCGUGGUGAGGAAAUAACUCCGGAACAGGUACCGUCUCCAUGUCACACAGUCUGAAAUAUGAUUUCAAACAUAUGAAUGGAAACAAGAAGACAAUUUUUUGCAAUGCUGUGUUUUUUUUCAUGAAGACUGCAUAAACCCUGCUCCUCAGACCAAGGGCCAAGAACGCUAUUCACUGCACCCAACAUCCUCCAGUAGUGUGCCAGAGCUUCUGAAGGUUGCUCUGGCUGCGGAUUAAGUGCCUGUCCUCUCAAAAUUUGUGUAUCCAGAACUGUUAUGAUGGUGAAGAGGCUCAGCUGUCUUUUGAGAUGGUCUUCAAAAGGAAGGGGUGACACUCAAUCAGCAGAAAACAAGUCAGCAUCAAGAGCAGACUUCUACCCGGCAUGAGGGGAGAAAGCUCAGACUGUAUAGAAAAGAAAAAAACAGUUGUAAAUGUACCUCAGGAAAAACAGUACCAGUGCUGCAUAUCUACGUGGAUUUGAGACCUCAGUAAGGAUGCAACUGUGCUGUGAAUCCGUAAAUGGCUCUUGCAUAAGGAGCAGCUGGUCAAACAGUAUCCGUGUUUCCAUGUAUAUCUUCAUGGUUUGCAUAAUUCUGGCCACAGUGAUUGGAAAUUUGACGGUUAUCAUCUCAAUAUCACAUUUCAAGCAGCUCCAUACGCCUACCAAUUUCCUUAUACUUUCUAUGGCUACAGUAGACUUUCUGCUGGGAUUCCUCAUCAUGCCUUGCAGCAUGGUGCGCUCUGUUGAGCACUGCUGGUAUUUUGGGGAGCUCUUCUGCAAGAUCCACACGAGCACAGACAUUAUGCUGAGCACAGCUUCCAUCUUCCAUCUUUCCUUCAUAUCCAUCGACCGCUACUAUGCUGUGUGUGACCCUCUAAGAUACAAAUCAAAGAUAAAUACUUUUGUUAUCCUGGUCAUGAUAUUUGUAAGUUGGAUGGUCCCUGCUGCUUUUGCUUUUGGGAUGAUCUUUCUAGACCUAAACUUGAGAGGGGCAGAAGAGAUAUAUAAUCAUGUCCAUUGUGCAGGAGGAUGCUUUGUCAUUUUCAGUGAAACUUCAGGUGUUGUGGCCUCCAUAGUGUCUUUUUAUAUCCCUGGAUUUGUUAUGCUGUACAUCUAUAGGAAAAUAUACUCUAUAGCCAAGAGGCAGGCAAGAUCCAUUGAUGCAAUUAGCCAAAAAAAGAUGCAAUUUGAAAUGAAGCACCACAUUUCAUUCUGCAGAGAAAGGAAAGCUGCCAAGACAUUAGGCAUAAUAAUGGGGGUGUUUCUCAUCUGCUGGAGUCCAUUCUUCUUCUUUACAGCAACCAAUCCAUUUAUGAAUUAUGUGAUACCUCCUAUUCUCAUUGAUGCUUUGGUUUGGUUUGGUUAUUUAAAUUCUACAUUUAAUCCAAUUGUUUAUGCAUUUUUUUACAUGUGGUUUCGCAGGGCAUUAAAGAUGAUUCUGUUUGGAAAAGUUUUUCAACAGGACUCUUCCAGGACUCAUUUGUUUUUAGAAUAACAUGCUUUAAAUGGUUGGAUUCCUGACUUCGAAUUUUUGCCCAGAGGCUGAACUCCAGAUGUAAGAGAUGAAAAUAUAGGAUACACCUAUUUGUUUACUUAUUUUUCAAACCUGGGUCAAGCAGAUAAACAAAGCAUAUUGUGCUUUACAUCUUCUUUCAUUACAGAUUGGGAUUUGUAUAUGGCAUUUUGGUUAUAGCUAUUUAUAUGCAAUGCACAGAAGAGCAAGAUGAGUUUAAAAAAAACUUACAGCAGUUUAUAUCCCUGCUCUUGAUCAUUAAGAAAUUAUUCUGAUCCAACAAAUUAAUUUAUUGAACAAGGUGUGUUUAUAUUACAAUAUUUGUGCUUAUUUAUUGUCCUUUAGAAAGAGCAGAAAAGCCUUUCCUUUUGAAUUUCUAGACAUCUUUGAGUAAUAACCCAAAACUCUUAAGUUUUGUCCCUCCCCUUCAGUAUGUGUGAAGAGGUUAAACUGGGCCCAUAACCAUCCAUACCAGCACACUUCAUGGAGGGAAGAUGGGACAGAGAAAAGUUGUGCUGCUCUUUCUGUUUCCAUUUCAACUAGUGCUUGUCACUUAUGAGUUUGUCACUUAAAGGCUUUGCUGCUUAAUGAGACCAAAAGCGUGUUUAACGAGAUCAAAGACAAGAAAAAAUAUGAUGUAUGGAAUGGAAAGCAAUAGCAGAAAGCAACACUGAACCUGACAGUGACAGAGAAUGAUGUUUGUCUAAUGAAUGUUUUGAUGUAAAAUAUUUACCAGUUCGCACCUCACACAACUUUCUUUUAUCUUGGACAUAUUGUUAUUUUGUCUGAUGGCAAUGCUAUGACAGCUGGUGAAGAAAGUACAUAGAGAAUUGUGAAGAAAUGCUAUGGUUGGCAUGAAUAGAGUGUGAAUGGGGCAGAGUGGCUGUGGAAGCACCAGGAGGCAGAAAAAGGGCUGUAGGAAUGGUUUAGGGUGAUGGCACCUGGGUGAGAGGCUGCCAAGGUUACCUCUAUGGGCAGCUUCUCAGGACACCCAGGUGAGCAAAUCAAAAACUAGCACAUGGUCACCAGCUGAAGACGACCCACAGACUGCAAUUUUUUUUUAAUCUAUCAUCUGGCUUUUCUAGAGUUAACAUAAUACCAGACAGAAGGAAAUAAUACCUCUGUCCUGAUCUUGUGACAUCUGGUUGGACUAUGAAGGACAGGAGUGGACAGCAAAGGAUUAGUACCUGAGAAGAGACUAUGGAGAGAAAUUGAUGACUCUGUAUUGAAGUAAGAGCUAUGCUCAGCAGUAAAUGAUGUCCUCCAUUAACAUUGCUUGGAUAAGUGCACAUCGUAUGUGUAUCUUGUCUUUCUUUUCCAUACUUUGUAGAGCACUGAAAUACUCUGUACAGCAUAAAAGUUGAAUGAUGCUACAUUUCAGCAGAGCAAAAUAUCAGGAUUCAAGAUUGUGUCUUCUACUGUUUCACUGCCAUCUUGCAAGUUUGCACUCUCCAAAAUGACAUAAAAAGGAACAAUGAAAUAUACAACACAUCAUCACUUGUGCUGCAGAAGAUAAUCCUUGCUAGUGACAAUGUCUACUUUAAUAUUUUAUCUCACAGAAAUAAAGUAAGUUAAGGUUUUUUAAAAAAAUCUGUCUUUCUGAUAAAUUAAUAGGUAAUUAUCUUCUUCCUUCAUCCCCAGUGAGGCUGGCCACGGUAGUCAAUUUUCUCAUGCACAGUGUUACCUUCUGAAAUGAACUGCGUGAUCACUUGGACAUCUUCAUCUCAAAACAGCAGUUUCAGAAGUGCUAUUUCUUCUGGUAGUGUUAUAGAUUGAAGGAAAGUGAACUUUCUCUAUGAGGAAUGUCACCCAUCUGAAGCUUUCUAAGUAUGUUUAGUAAGUUCAGCACCUAGUCCCUUCAGGAAGUCAAUGGAGAAAUUGUUUCUUUCCCUUCAUCCACUGUCUAUAUCCCUGAAAAUUUGGAAAUAUUACUCUUUCCAAAGAAUUUCAGCUCUACUUGAAUUCACAGCUGGUCAGUCUGUCAUCAUAAUUUCUUCUGGUAUGUUUAUGGCAUUAUCUUCUGGUCACAGGAGGAGUUUGUGAAUGAAUAUGAUCCCAGCUUGCUUGCAGGAUAACCUCUAGUGCAAAUAGAGCACACACAUCUGCAAUCUGUGCCUAGACCCUAGUGCAAAGCUAAUCCACUUAAAACCACAAAAACCAGACUCACAUGCCUGAAGGUUGAUAGCCACCUAAUCUAAAUUUAGACAUCUAAAAGUUAGGCACUACAUCUGCUCUAGUCAUUAGUAGCUCUCUUUAUACUCACUAGAAAAAUAGUCACCUUCACAGGG